AAUCCGAAUACAUCUGAAUAAAAAUCAUCACAAAGGAAUCUUUGACAUGAGGAUACUUAAAUAAACUAAAGUUUGUAGGUAGUUCUUUAAAUUUCAACUAAACGAUAACUUAAAGGUAUUGAGUGAAGUAGAUUUGGAAUGGAAUGAAUUGGUGGAAAUGAGACAACGAUCAUAACAGGAUACAACGCCGAUAAAAUGUUAUCUAUCAAAUCAUUGCUUUAGGACGUUCAUGGAUGAUAUUCGGUUAUUUCUUGUGUGCCACAGAAUGGAUUUAAGUUAUAAAGUUGCUUUGGUAACUGGCGGGGCCUCGGGAAUGGGUCGUGGAUUUGCCGAUGCAUUACUGACAGAGGGAGCAAAGGUGAGUAUCGUAGAUUACAACGAGGAGGCUGGACGUGCUACUGAGAAGGAUCUUGUGGAAAAGUACGGCAGCAGUAACGUCAUCUUCUGUCCGUGCAAUGUUACCUCACAGGAACAGUUUGAAGAGGCUUUCCGACGUACGCGGGAGGUGCUUGGUGGCCUUGAUAUUGUAGUUAACAAUGCUGGUGUCGGUGGGGAAACGGACGAUAAGUGGGAAGCAGUUAUCGACAUCAACCUGAAGGGGACAUUACGGGGCACACGACUUGCACUGAGAUAUAUGAGUGAGGCGGAAGGUGGCAGCGGUGGUGUCAUCAUCAACAUGGCAAGUAUGGCAGGGGUAAAUCCAAAUCCCUUUUCCCCCGUUUACGGUGCAUCGAAAGCCGGUAUUAUUCAUGCGACACGAUCUCUAGCAAUAUCACCUGAAGUUCAAAAGUCCCGUAUCCGUCUGAAUGUCCUGUGUCCCGCAUUCGUGGACACGCCGAUGUUCAGGAACAUGGCUUCCGGUGACGCCUCGCAGAUUUCCUGUUCAAACCUGGCGGCGGUGAAGGCAUUUGUAGACCAUAUCGGUGUUAUGAGCGUUGAAGAGGUUGCAGCGGCUUUUUUGGAUUUAGUCAAAGACGAAACAAAAAACGGAAUCAUUUUGCGGUGUGCUAAGAAAACAGGAAUCCAAUAUAGUACUCUAACUGUACAAGAUGUAUAGUCGGUACUGACACAAGGAUUCGUGCCAACUCUGAAAGGAAAUUUGUAUUGUUUCCUCAUAAUGUAUCAAGCUCAAUUUAACGGUGACUUUCCUUUUUGAUACAUCUUCUUGGAUCGUCAAGGGAGAUCUUUGCGUAGGACAAAGCAUUACUUAGACGCUUCUGAAAAUCGAAGGGAAUGACAGCGAACAAUCUACAAUGAGUAAAAUGUUCUUGCUAACAUACCUAUCGGAAUGAUCAAAAUCAGAUUUGCAUUUGUUGUGACAAUGAGUUAAUGCACAAAAUGGUGGUGUUGUGCUCAGGGGUUUCUAACCGACUAGCCUCAGUUCAAACCAAAUAGCUUUCAGUAGCAGUAUCAUUGUUCAGGUGUGGUUCAAUGUAGCGACCAAAUCGGUUUGUCAGUAUUAAUAUUUUCUUUCUUUUAGAAAAAAGAAUAUAUAUUAUACCAAUUGGUCACAUUUUAUAACAAAAUUACUAAUACAGCAUUACAUAAGUAGCAUUCGUGUAUCUCACUGUGAAAUGAUAAUGGAAACAUAUUCAUUUCAGCUAUUAACCGUUCACAUUUCUUGUGAAGUUGUUAUUGUUUCGUUUUAAAAAGCAUGUUUAACUAUAUGACUUUUUAUCAAUAUUUAUGUUUUGCCAUAUUCACAACACGAUAUGCACUCUCAGUGCUUUGAUUUGUAUAACAUUUGAUAACAACCAUAGUCCACGCAAAUAAUAUUCUCUGCAUUGGGAUUUCCAAAUGGCUGUACAUUAAACAACUAUAUGGUGCAUAUCAAACAUAUCUACUUUAACAGCUGAACAUUUGUACAUUAAGCUGUACUUUACAACUGCUGCUUAACUGUAUUUAGAACUGUAACUGCCGUUAUGCAUAUAUUAGAAUUGCCUUUUAUAUCACAGGUUAAGAUAGAAUUAAACACAGCAGUCAACAAUCAUAGCCGUUGCUUUAUAUAUUGCAAUAGAUAUAAAAUAGAACAGUGUAAUUUUGGCACUAAAAGGAUUAUCACAACUGUAUGUUGUAGCUGGUAUGUACUUAUAACAACAAAUAUG